AUGCCGAAAGUAUUGAGGGGCCAAAGAAUUCACAAGAAGAGCUUGCUACUUCCAACGGUCAAGGGGCUAAUACAAUGUCUACAAGUCUCGACGCAGAAGUUGCUACUACCACUGGGGUCUCAACUGCUGUUAAUUCUGACAACAAUAUUGCAUCUUCUAUCGAUGCGAAUAGCGCUAUUGACCAGCCUUCUAUCCAAGAAGGUAACAUUGUUAGCACUUAUACUUACAGUACCGAUGACACAACAGUUUCAAGUAUUACAACCACUGGUUCCAACUCGGAAGCAACUGGUGAUGAAUCCAACGGUUCUAACAACGGUGAUGAAGCCAAUGGUUCUAACAACGGUGGUUCUGACAACGGUGAUGAAUCCAGUGGUUCUAACAACGGUGGUUCUGACAACGGUGAUGAAUCCAACGGUUCUAACAACGGUGGUUCUAACAACGGUGAAUCUGAAUCUGAAUCCAAUGGUUCUAACAACGGUGGUUCUAACAACGGUGAAUCUGAAUCUGAAUCCAAUGGUUCUAACAACGGUGAAUCUGAAUCUGAAUCCAGUGGUUCUGACAACGGUGGUUCUGACAACGGUGAUGAAUCCAACGGUUCUAACAACGGUGAUGAAUCCAAUGGUUCUAACAACGGUGGUUCUGACAACGGUGAUGAAGCCAAUGGUUCUAACAACGGUGGUUCUGACAACGGUGAUGAAUCCAAUGGUUCUAACAACGGUGGUUCUGACAACGGUGAUGAAUCCAGUGGUUCUAACAACGGUGAUGAAUCCAAUGGUUCUAACAACGGUGGUUCUGACAACGGUGAUGAAGCCAAUGGUUCUAACAACGGUGGUUCUGACAACGGUGAUGAAUCCAAUGGUUCUAACAACGGUGGUUCUGACAACGGUGAUGAAUCCAGUGGUUCUAACAACGGUGAUGAAUCCAAUGGUUCUAACAACGGUGGUUCUGACAACGGUGAUGAAGCCAAUGGUUCUAACAACGGUGGUUCUGACAACGGUGAUGAAUCCAAUGGUUCUAACAACGGUGGUUCUGACAACGGUGAAUCUGAAUCUGAAUCCAAUGGUUCUAACAACGGCGGUUCUGACAACGGUGAUUAAACCAACGGUUCUAACACCAGUGGUUCUAACAACGGUGGUUCUAACAACGGUGAAUCUGAAUCUGAAUCCAGUGGUUCUAACAACGGUGGUUCUAACAACGGUGGUUCUGACAACGGUGAUGAAUCCAAUGGUGCUAACAACGGUGAAUCUGAAUCCGAAUACAACGGUUCUAACAAUGGUGUUUCUGGCUCUGGUUCUAGCAAUGAUGGAUCUGAAUCCAAUGGAUCAAGUAACAUAUCGGAUGGACCAAAUGUUUCAGGUUCAACAAUGA